AACCUAUCUAAUGCACAAGACGCCGGUCAACUGUCUCCGGAUGUCGCCAAACUCUGUGUUCCCCAUCCAGGUAAACGUAAAGAGAGGUCCAAAGAUCAAAGACGAGAGUCGGCUCCCGCUCCUGCCCAGCGAUCAUCCUCUCAAAAACUUCAUUCCAUUCAGGCGCUAGAGACAGAUACUCUUCACUUUGCUAUUCCAAUGAAUGAUGCUGGUGACGCUCAGAGCAUCGUCAUCCAGGUGGAAUCCUUCAAAUCUCCGAAACCCCAUGGUCCGCGAAAACGAGGAAACGUGGGUGAUCAAAAGAAUUCUAACACAGUUUUCCAUAACGCUGCUAGUGCCACUGAAUCUUGUCUUUCGUUGCUGGCGUCUGACACACUUGAUAGCUUUCGUACACCUGUACCCAAAAAUGCAAAGAAAGUAACUGCUCCGUCGAGCAGAAAAGCAUCGUGUAAAUCGCCUCCGAUCAUUCAACUGGCACAAACAGCUCGGAUACUAUCGAUGGGCAAAAGGAUUCCCUCUCAUAAACACAGGCGAGCUGUUGAGAAAUCGUCAAUACUGUUUCGUCCAUCCGAUCAGCCCACGGUCGAGGUUCGCCAGUUUCCAACUGACACAGGGCACACCAACUCCAAAUCUUCGUCCACAGGGCUCCCCAAAGCUGCUGACCAGAGUAACCCGCAUACACGGUUGGAUCCAACGGAAAAUUUGGAAGAAUUCGUACUUCAGCCAGCUCCAAAAGGUACCACCGUUCGUUGCCGUAUCACUCGAGACAAACGUGGAGUGGACCGGGGGAUUUUUCCUACCUACUAUGUGCAUAUGGAACAGGAGGAUCGUAAAUACUUCCUGCUCGCUGCCCGCCGCCGCAAACGAUCCGCUACGAGCAAUUACAUCAUCUCUUGUGAUGCCACUGAUUUAUCACGAAGCGCCGCCAGUUUCGCCGGCAAGCUCCGAUCCAAUUUCGUGGGCACUCAGUUUGUCCUCUAUGGGGGUGGUAAGCGAGCUAACAGACGUCAUGAUGUACCGUCCUCUGGGCUGCGUUCGCGUGCCAGCCUUCGAUCUACCGGGAGCAGUUGUGAAUUGACCGAGGAUGAGGAUGCACAGGAUGACUCCAAAGAGUUGGCUGCAAUCAUUUACUCAUAUGUGUUGAACUUUUACGGGCGUGUAACGCAAGCAUCAGUGAAAAAUUUUCAGAUUGUAGAUGUGGCAAACGCGAGCUUCGUCAUCAUGCAAUUUGGUCGCAUUGCAGAAGACGUAUUCACCAUGGACUACGCAUAUCCAAUGUGCGCCCUCCAAGCUUUCGGUAUUGCCUUAUCCUCCUUUGAUGGAAAACUCGCGUGCGAGUAG